AUGGAAGAAGAAGAUGAUGAUGAACAGCUAAAGUUGCUAUCAAUGAAAGAUCUGUUUGUAUGCCCUAGCUUCAGCAGUUACAGCGCUGAUAGAUUUGCUGAUAUCGCAGCUAAAGUUGGCGAAGAACUUAGAACAGAAGGCGAAGAAAUUGAUGAGGAAGAUGAUGAUGAUUUCGAGUUCUCCUUUGUUCGUUGCUGCGAUGAUGAUCAUGAUUUUGGAGGAGGAGACAAUGAAUUUGGUGAGGUCUUUCCAAUUUUCAACCGCGAUCUUCUUAUUAAUGUAAAUCAGGGAGGCGAGGUGAGUUCUGAUGCGUUGAGUAUUAAGAUUCCAUUGAAGAAGUUGUUCCUGGAAGAUCGAGAAGGCGAUCCUUCGUCGUCUUCUUCUUCGUCGGAAGUCGAUGAGUUGGAGGCAAUACCUUCGGAAACGUACUGUGUAUGGAAGCCAAAAGCGAUUGAAGCAUCUCCUAGCACAUGUAAUAAGAGUAGAUCUACUGGAUCGGGAUCAAAACGAUGGAAACUUCGAGAUUUACUUGGCCGAAGCAACAGUGAUGGUAAGAAUGCAUUCGUAUUCCUAACGCCGAAAAGAGAUCAGAAACAGAAGUCGUCUGAGAAGAUGGAGAUCUUGGAAGAAAGACGAAAUUCGAAGAAUAAGGAGAAAGCGAAGGUGAAGAGAGUACUGUUGUCUUCGCCGUCGCCGGCGCCGGAGAUGCAACAGCCAGUGUACCUGAGAAAGAGAGGAGGCAUGAAAGAAGGAGACAAAAGGAAGUCGUAUCUUCCGUACAGGAAAGACCUCGUCGGUUUCUUCACUAGUGUGAACGGGAUCGGAAGAAGCUUUCCACCAUUCUAA